AUGUUAAACCUGAUAAAUUACCGUCUCCGUAUAACUCUUGCGGAUUCGCGUGUUUUAACAGGUCAAAUGCUUGCUUUUGAUAAACAUAUGAAUCUUGUCUUGGCAGAUUGUGAAGAAUUCAGAAAGAUCAAACCAAAAAGUGGUUCAAAAGUUCCUCAGGGUCAACCUGAACAAGAAGAGAAAAGGACAUUAGGUUUAGUUAUUUUGAGGGGUGAAACUAUUAUUAGUUUAAGCGUGGAAGGUCCACCACCACCAAAUGCCGAUGAUUCGAAAAGCAAAUUGCCCCAAUUGCCGGGUGGUACUGGUAUAGGUCGACCAGCGGGUAGAGGUUUACCAGUAGCUCCGCCAGGUGUUGCACCAGCAGGUCUCACUGGUCCUGUACGAGGUGUAGGUGGACCAGCUCCAGGAAUGAUGCAACCAAGAGGAGGCGCACCGGCAGCUGCGGCAGCUCCCAUAUCAUAUGGACGUCCGCCAAUUCCAGGACAAAUGCCUACGGCAAUGCCACCUGGUAUGACACCUAGACCAGGUAUGCCUCCUGUUAUGUCAGGUAUGCCUCCAGGUGGUUAUAGAGGAGGAAUGGGACCACCACCUGGAAUGCCUGUUAUGGGAAUGCCACCGGGAGGUUACAGAGGAGGCGCUCCUCCAGGUAUGCGACCACCACCACCAAUGGGAAUGCCCGGUGGGCCUCCACCAUAUCCUCAAGGGCGUAGUGGUAUGCCUCCAGGUUUUCCUGUACCUGGUCAAGCUCCACCUCAAGGUUUUAGGCCUCCACCGCAAAUGCGACCGCCUGGAGGUCCUCAACAAGGCCAAGGUCGAGGCCAACAACAAUAA